CUCUGUCACGAGCCUUCACGGAACUCACACCUCCAGCCCUCAGCAAGACGAGGGGUAGUUGGCAUUGAGCAGUUCCUUGUCACCAGGACCCGCUGCCUCAUGAACACACCUGAUCACGUUAGUCCCACGUCACCACCAAAUGAAACAUCGUUCACGGGGAGUGUCCAGAUGUUGAAGUGGAUCCUCACCUGUCACGAACACUGAAGGGAACGCCCUCUUUGGUAGUCCUUCGUCACAAGGACACAAGUGAUUAUUUCCAAAGUGCCGCCAUCAACGACAAUGGACAAACAAGUUAUCUCAACGUCAGCAGAGACGAUGUGAUAAAUCCUGAUAGUGGAGCUGGUGAGGUAGAAGUCAUACCUUUGACCACCGUAUAUGCAACUCCAGGAUGUAUACGGGACCGAAGAGAGACCACAUGGAGACUAUUUCAGACUCCAUGAACAACGGAACAGCGACAGCAUUUCCGAUCCUAGAAUCACUGGUGACCGAGAGACGGCAUAAUAGCAGGACUGGUUCAUCAGGACUCUACAGUUCAAGAGAUCAGCAACAUAGCGCCAAGAGAGAAAAUAAAUCAGUCUUUGAGAAAGUUAAUGACACCACAAAUGUGUUUUUUGAACCACUAAAGAACGAAAACAAAUCAGGUAUUAGGAAUUCUCUUGAUCUCACCACCUCGUUCGAGAGACAGAAUUCACCUCUUAUCUCCAGUGUUCAAAAUCCUCGCCAGAGUACUGUGUCUGGUACUCUUGGUGCAGACACGACGAAUAACAGCAACGAGAAAAUACAGCCUCAGAACUCCUCUAUAACAUGUGAUGCUUCUAAUACUAAAACGACUGUUAAACUACGCAAUAAAAGACGAGCAGCGGGAAGCACCACCGCAGCUUGGCCUUUCUCACAGCUGGAUCUUAUGAAGCGACGUAGUGCCGAAAUUUCCCAACUAAGACACGCGUUAGAGGAAAAGAUAAGGAGUCAAAAUUCUACAUACAGUCGCUUUAGCACUAACAUGAACGGACAUGAUUACCGUAGACCUAAUUCUGAAUAUUUAACAAGUAGUAAACGUCCAUCCAGUGUGUAUGGAUUCAGGCACAGAGAUAAUAACCUCGAAAAAGAAAAUAAAGAACCGUUAAUUUCACUACGAAACAACAUCUACACCUCGACCCAAGUCCGCCAACAACAACACAACAGAAAUUCUGCACCUCCAGGCUCUAUUGAUCCCCGUAAACUCAAGUACCUGAUGGACGACCAGCGUAAAUCUUCUCCAUUCCUGGACCACAAGACCCCCGGACCGCUCCUCUGUCACAACUGUUCAAGUCCAGUGAAUUUUAGUCCAUAUAAGUACUCAAGAUCUAUGUCUUAUUGUGAUGAGGGCGAGGACACGGGGUCACAGUACUACACGCCCAUGACCUCACCAGGACCCAGAGUUACUCAUCCGUUAAAGAAGAUCCGACACAGUGGAGACUCAGACGAGGAUACUUCAGAAGGGUCAUACGAGGACACCAACGACCGGGUCAACUAUUACCCGAACUGUGACGCCACCAUCUGGAUCCGAUCCUGCACCAAUCAGAUCACCCAACCACUCUCCGGGGUCCAGUCAGGUGUGAUUCCCAGGUGGCUGCGAGGCGCUUUAAUACGUAAUGGCCCAGGUCGUAUCCAGGUGGGCGAGCAGCAAUACAACCACAUCUUUGAUGGCUCGGCGCUGCUGCACAGGUUCCACUUCCGGGAAGGCCGAGUGACCUACCAGAACAAGUUCCUGCAGAGUCGCAGCUACCUCAGGGACACAAAGGCUCAGCGUAUCGUCGUCAACUACUUCGGCACAAGAGCCCACCCUGACCCCUGCAAGACCAUCCUGCAGAACAUCGCCAGCAAGUUUACUUUCGAGGAGCACUUCACAGACAACGCCCAGAUCAGCCUCUACCCUUACGGCGACGGCCUCUACGCCCUCACGGAGACCCCCUUCAUCUUCCGCGUCGAUCCUGAAACACUGGACACCCACGAGAAGGUGGACUUGACGAAGCACAUCGCAGUGUUGACUCACACGGCUCACCCUCAUGUGGACAGAGACGGCACCGUGUACAACAUCGGGCAGGGGGUGGGGCCCUUCGGACCAAAGUACCACAUCUGCAAGUUCCCAAAACAAAAGACUAAUUCUCAAGGUAAGGUGAAGAGCCCCUUCGAGCAGGCCGAGGUGGUGGGGUCGGUGACGGCCCGCUGGCUCUUCAACCCCUGUUACAUGCACUCCUUCGCCAUGACCGACAACUACUGGGUCAUCAUCGAGCAGCCACUUGUCGUCUCCGUCUCCAAGAUUAUCAAAGUCAUACUAAAACAGGAUGCCCUCAUCGACGCCCUCCAGUGGUGGGAGAAGGAAACAAAGAUCCACGUAGUGAGGAGAGACACUGGCACCGUCACCAGCACACAGUACGUCACCGAGACCUUCUUCUUCCUUCACACCAUCAACGCCUACGAGGACAGAGGCCACAUCGUCCUCGACAUCGCCGCCUACAAGAACGCCGAGAUGCUGCAUUGUAUGUUCGUCGAGGCUCUUAAGAACGCCGCCUACGACCCAAGCUACGCCCAGAUGUUCCGUGGGCGGCCUAAAAGAUGGGUAAUACCUUUGAGACCCAACAAGAACGCAGGACCCCAUGCUAACCUCAUCACCCUCCCCAACACUCGCUGCCGGGGUCGCUGGGUCAAGAAGAACGUCAUCCACCUCACGCCAGAACUCAUCGUCAACAUCGGCUGUGAGGUGCCAAGAAUUCACUACGACGAGUACAACGGCCGCCACUAUCAGUACUUCUAUGCCAUCUGUAGCGACGUGGACCAUCCCUGCCCUGGCACGCUAGUGAAGGUGGACGUGGUAAACAAAACACACGUGGAGUGGAGUGAGGACAACGUGUACCCCUCAGAACCCAUCUUCGUCCCGUCGCCACAAGCAAAGCGUGAGGACGACGGGGUGGUGUUAUCGGCACUACUGAGAGCUAAAGGUCUGGAUCAGCAAGUGUGUAUGUUGGUCCUUGACGCCACUACCUUCACUGAGUUGGGCCGAGUGGAGUUCGUCGCUCCGGGUCCUGUGCCUAAAUGCCUCCAUGGGUGGUGGGUCAAAGAUGGCACCCUCACCAUCCACCCUCAACACAACAAGAACAAAUCCCAAACUAGAACGUAAAUAGGCAAGUGUGUUGGAUAGACUGUUUAUAUAAAUUUAUACUGAUAGUAAUAUGUAUAAUGUAUAUCGUUCUUAAUAUAAUGUAGAUAAUUCACAUGUUGUUCAGAUUUUUAUAGUAUUUAUAAAUGAUAUAUAUAUUUUCUCAUUUUCAUAUAAAUAUAAAAAAGGAAAGAUAUUAAUCUAAAUUAUAUAGAAUUUUGCAGUUUUUUUUCUUCUAAACUUGGGGAAAUGUAUUUAUAUUUAACGAGUGAGUAAUUGAAGAUAUACACCGUUUUUCAUUCUUCAUAACUUAGGGCAGUACUUUAUGACAUACCGGACAACUAUUGGGCAGUCGCAAAAUAAUCCCAAGUGAAAAUCCAAUCUUUGCCCAUUACUUCACGGGGUACAAGUUACACAGUAGUUAGAAUACACUUUUGGCUUAAGUUUCCAUGUUAAAGGAAGUAAUUUAAAUAUAUCUGUUUCUUACAAAUUUAACGGAUUUCGAUUUAACGGACUACCCUCUCUCAUACAGUCCGUUAAAAGGAAACUUCACUGUCUAACAUUCCUCAUAUACGUGAUGCACAUAAUGUACUUUUCUUAAUAGGUUGACACGAAUAUUAGACGACUCUGUGAACCUCUUUAAAACACCUUCAGAUGAUAAUACUAUCCAUGUAAAUAAUUAAGUUUAGUUAAUCGUUAAUGUGUGCCUUAGCUUCAGGUGUUUUGAGAUUUAUACAAAAGGAAGCAACAUUUUUUUUUUAUUCCUUUAUUGUUAAGGUUUAUCUAUUUAAUAAUUAUCUUCGUCUUUUUAAUGAGAUUAUAUUUUUAUAGUCAACACUUCUCUAUAAUCUUUUAAUUACUUUUUUUUUACAAGACUAUAAUAAUCCCAGAGAAAAUUAUACCUAGAACGUGUUAUAGUGUCUGGUGGAUAAUAUAUUUUUACUAUCACAAGUUGUAUAUAUCAUGUAAUCACCUGAAUAAAUAGUGAAGAUUA